UGGCGGUAUAAGAGGCCGUGCGUGGGGCUGGGUGCUGGCGUGAGGUUGGGGAAGGCGCAGACGGAAGAGGCUCUUUUGUGUGUGCGGUGGGAAAGCAGUAAUGUCAAAGAGAAAGCUAGGUUUUGAGGCAGACAGAAUGCAAUUGUCAACCAUUGUGACACCUAAGCCACAGGGUAGUCAGAAAUUGCCUGGAAGCAAACCUUCAAGUACUCAAGAAAGGGCGUCAGUUUCUCAGGUCAAAAUGGGAAAGAAGCAAAAUGGAAAAAGCAAAAAGACUGAGGAGGAGAAUGAACCUGAAGAAUUUGUUGUAGAAAAGGUCAUUGAUCGCAGGGUUGUAAAUGGCAAGGUUGAAUACUACCUGAAGUGGAAGGGCUUUGGAGAUACUGACAACACAUGGGAGCCAGAGGAAAACUUGGACUGUCCGGAAUUAAUUGAAGGCUUUCUUGCAAAUCAAAAGGCUACAGUUGAGAAAACAGUUGAAAAAACAGAUUCCAACAAGAGAAAGUUGGAAAGUGAAUCGGAAGAAAGCAAAGCCAAGAAAAAAAAAGAAACUCCUGAUAAGCCACGAGGUUUUGCACGGAGUCUUGAACCAGAGCGAAUUAUCGGUGCCACAGACAGUAGUGGCGAGUUAAUGUUCUUAAUGAAAUGGAAAGAGUCGGAUGAAGCAGACUUGGUGCCUGCAAAAGAAGCAAAUGUGAAGUGUCCUCAGGUUGUAAUUGCAUUCUAUGAAGAGCGACUUACCUGGCAUUCGUGCCCAGAAGAUGAACAGCAGUGAUACCUUUGCAAAAGAACAUGCCAAGUUUUAACCUAAUGUGAGGUAGCUCUGUGAACUUGCAUAUGUUUUAUCGUCUCUUUUGUAUUGCCUUUUUAGCAAGUGUUGUAGGGAAGUGUACAUUUUAAUAUUUGUGGGUUUUAAGUUCUGUUAACCAGUAGAUACUUCUGAAGUGAGAGUCUGAUUACCAUUAGGUAGCUAAACAUGAAGCCCAUAGUACAACAUCUAUUGGAAGGUUUUUCUUGCAACUCCCUGAAUCUGGGUAAAAUUUGUGAAAUUAGACUUGUGACAAAAGCAGUAAUUCCAGUUUAUCUGGGUUUAUCCUCCUGACAUUUGGAGCACACCUAGCUUCCUGUAUUGUUGCACAGAAAGCUAAAAUCUGUAUGGGCAACGCAAAAUGCAUUUUUAAGUUGGGCUUUUUGUUUGAGCUGAAUGUUAGGUUUGUGCACUAUGAAUAGUAGAUACUGUUUUUUCACUUUUUGUAAAUAUGUUUGAACUGUUCAAUAAAGUUUAUGCUUCUCUAA